CACGAACGAACGCAGCAGCACACAGAGCGCGUGGUCAGAUCCCGAUAAGGGUACACGGAAGGCGAGUGUGACCACGACACGAUACUAUACAAUGGCUGGUGUUAGGCAGAAGCUCGUAGUCGGGCUCGCGGUGGCGCUCAUGGCGGCGACGGCGGCGGAGGGGUUCAUUUCGACCAAGACGUGGCGAGCAGUACGCCGGGCGAACCGCGAGGGCGCGCCGUUCUUGGGGCUCGUCGUGCCCAACGCCUACGAAAUGGACCCCGUCCUCAAGUCACCCAGCUUCAAGCCCAGCGACGACAUCCCCAUCUUGGACGUCCAAGGGCGAAGGUUUCGGUUCGGAAGCAUCGGAGACCAAAACGUUGUCAUGGUCAUGACAGGGCUCAGCAUGCUUAACGCCGGGCUGACGACGCAGCUGCUGCUGAGCCUGUUCAAGGUGAAAGGCAUCGUGCACUGGGGCAUCGCGGGCAACGCCAACAAGGACCUCCAGAUCGGCGACGUCACCAUCCCCGAGUACUGGGCCCACCUCUCUCUCUGGAACUGGCAGCGGAACGGCGACGGGCCAGCGAACGAGCUGUCGCUGGAGGCCGCCGGCGACUACACCAGGAAGUUAGGCUUCCUCAACUUCUCCGACUACACCGUCGGGCAGGGCAACCCGGAGCUGGCGGAGAACAAGCUCAACAGCAUCUGGUACCAGCCGGAGGAGAUCUUCCCGGCCUCCGGCACGCCCGAGCAGCGCCAGCACGCCUUCUGGGUCAGCGUCAGCAAGCGCUACUACUCCCUCGCCCAGAAGCUCGAGGGGAUGAAGCUGCCGGCGUGCGUGAACGCGACGACGUGCCUGCCCCGGGCGCCCAAGGUUGUUCGCGUGAGCAGGGGUUGCAGCGCCAACGUGUUCCUCGACAACGCCGGCUACCGCCAGUUCAUCCGGUCCAAGUUCGGGUGCACCCCAGUCGAGAUGGAGAGCGCCGCCGUGGCGCUCGUCGCUCACCAGCUCGGCGUCCCCUUCCUCACCAUCCGCUCGCUCUCCGACCUGGCCGGCGGCGGCUCGGCGCUGGGCAACGAGGCCGGCACGUUCCUCAGCAUCGCCGCGCAGAACGCCGUGGACGUCAUGCUCAAGUUCGUGCCCCUCCUGGGCGGCGAGCACGCCGGCGGCCUGGGCUACGACAUGUAGAACGGUGUUCACUUUGUUGGCGUGCCACUUGCAUGGAUUCCACGCCCAACUUGUAGCGUACCGAUGCUGGGAGAAUAAUUUAGCCGUGUCGUGCCGCCGUUGUUCGUGUUUUUUCUUUUCUUCCGAAAAUCCAACUGGCCUGGCACAUGGGCUGGUUAGGAAAUUGUACGUGUGCGCGCUACUUCAAUUUCGUGUCCCAACUUGUAUCGUUGUCGAGAAUUCGGUCAUUUCGGAGGAAUAAUUAGCCGCGCACCUGUUGUUCA